UCUCUCUUCGCCUAAUCCGCGACCUGACUAUAUAGCCCAAACUGUCGAGAAGGAGUUAAAUCACCUUCGCCUCUCCGAUGAUUGCGACUACAUGAGCGAUUGCAGCUGGGCGAUUACCUGUCGAAGUUAGUCUGUACCCAGGGAAGCACCACUUCCGCUGACGUCAUCACGGCGACACGUGGAUCCAAGAUGGCGGCGGCGAUGAUUUGCCUGCCAUGGUCUGUGCUACUACUUUCUCUCACAUGUCAAACAAGCGCCUUUUAUGUCCCGGGUGUUGCGCCAAUCAACUUCCACCAAAACGACCCUGUAGAAAUCAAGGCUGUGAAGCUCACCAGCUCCCGAACUCAGUUACCUUAUGAAUACUACUCAUUGCCCUUCUGCCAGCCCAGAAAAAUAACCUACAAGGCAGAAAAUCUGGGAGAGGUGCUGAGAGGGGACCGGAUUGUCAACACCCCUUUCCAGGUUCUCAUGAACAGUGAGAAGAAGUGUGAAGUUCUGUGCAGCCAGUCCAGUAAGCCAGUGACCCUGACAGUGGAACAGAGCAAGCUCGUGGUCGAGCGCAUCACAGAAGACUACUAUGUUCACCUCAUUGCUGACAACCUGCCUGUGGCCACCCGCCUGGAGCUGUACUCCAACCGUGACAGUGACGACAAAAAAAAGGAAAAAGAUGUGCAGUUUGAACAUGGCUACCGGCUUGGCUUCACAGAUGUCAACAAGUUCUACUUGCACAAUCACCUCUCAUUCAUCCUUUACUACCACCGGGAAGAUAUGGAAGAGGACCAGGAACAUACAUACCGUGUCGUCCGCUUCGAGGUGAUUCCCCAGAGCAUCAGGCUGGAGGACCUCAAAGCAGAUGAGAAGAGUUCGUGUACCCUGCCUGAGGGUACCAACUCCUCACCUCAAGAAAUUGACCCCACCAAGGAGAAUCAGCUAUACUUCACCUACUCUGUGCACUGGGAGGAAAGUGACAUCAAAUGGGCCUCCCGCUGGGACACUUACCUGACCAUGAGUGAUGUGCAGAUCCAUUGGUUCUCUAUCAUUAACUCCGUCGUGGUAGUCUUCUUUCUGUCAGGCAUCCUGAGCAUGAUUAUCAUUCGGACCCUCCGGAAGGACAUUGCCAACUACAACAAGGAGGAUGACAUUGAAGACACAAUGGAGGAAUCUGGGUGGAAGCUGGUACAUGGUGACGUCUUCAGGCCGCCCCAGUAUCCCAUGAUCCUCAGUUCCCUGCUGGGCUCAGGCAUUCAGCUCUUCUGCAUGAUCCUCAUCGUCAUCUUCGUGGCCAUGCUUGGGAUGCUGUCGCCCUCCAGCCGGGGAGCUCUGAUGACAACAGCCUGUUUUCUCUUCAUGUUCAUGGGGGUGUUUGGUGGAUUUUCUGCUGGCCGUCUGUACCGCACUCUAAAAGGCCAUCGAUGGAAGAAAGGAGCCUUCUGUACGGCAACGCUAUACCCUGGUGUGGUUUUUGGCAUCUGCUUCGUACUGAAUUGCUUUAUCUGGGGAAAACACUCAUCAGGAGCGGUACCUUUUCCUACCAUGGUUGCUCUGCUCUGCAUGUGGUUUGGGAUCUCCCUGCCGCUCGUCUACUUGGGCUACUACUUCGGCUUCCGCAAGCAACCAUAUGACAACCCUGUUCGUACCAACCAGAUUCCCCGGCAGAUCCCUGAGCAGCGGUGGUACAUGAACCGAUUUGUGGGCAUUCUUAUGGCUGGGAUCCUGCCCUUUGGCGCCAUGUUCAUCGAGCUGUUCUUCAUCUUCAGUGCAAUCUGGGAGAAUCAGUUCUAUUACCUAUUUGGCUUCCUGUUCCUUGUUUUCAUCAUCCUGGUGGUAUCCUGUUCACAAAUCAGCAUCGUCAUGGUGUACUUCCAGCUGUGUGCAGAGGAUUACCGCUGGUGGUGGAGGAAUUUUCUGGUAUCCGGGGGAUCUGCAUUCUACGUCCUGGUCUACGCCAUUUUUUAUUUUGUUAACAAGCUGGACAUCGUCGAGUUCAUCCCCUCUCUCCUCUACUUUGGCUACACUGCCCUCAUGGUUCUGUCCUUUUGGCUGCUCACGGGCACCAUUGGCUUCUAUGCAGCCUACAUGUUUGUCCGCAAAAUCUACGCUGCUGUGAAGAUAGACUGACUGGGAUGGACCAUGGCCAGGCCCACUCCGUCCUUGGACAGGAAGCCACCCUGUGUGGGGAACUGCAGGCACUCAAAAUUAAAUAACUCCUGCUCAUUCGGAAUCUAACUCCUGGCACAGUGUUCCUGGAUCCCGGGGCCUUGUGGAGGGCGGGAGGGCCUGUAGAUAAAUCUUGCAUUUCUCUUCAUCUUAUACAGGUUUUGUGGGGGCUGAAUUUUUUGUGGGUUUUUUUCUUCAGUGCUCAGAAAGUUCCCUUUAGUAGGAACUCUCUGACCUGUCUGUUCAGGUUUAUUUUGGUUUGGGGUUUUUUUCCUUAGUUUUUUUAAACGAAUGGAUCCAGGAUGGAUAACUCCACCAAAAUACUGGGUUUGGUCACUGUGUCCACCUCAGUUCCUCAGGAACUGUUGGCCACCCCACAGCUAACCAGAAGAGGAGAGGCUUAGGCCCCAGUGACAGUUCUGAGCCUCACCAUGGAUGCCACGACACUGUUCUAUUCCAGCCUGGACAGCCCCCUCAGUGCCAAGCAACCUCUCUCCCCACCUACUUCUCUCUUGCCUAGCUUCCUCCCAGGCCUCCAAGGUAGAGCUUCCAGCCAGCCCUCUGAGCCACCUUUUCACAAGGAGCAAGCCCAAGACUCGGGGGUUACAAGGAAAGGCCCUGGAAGCACUGGGGCGGGCUCCCUAGGGCAGCAGGAACCCCCCAUCAGAGCAGCUGGAGUCUGUUAACUAAGGAGGAGGAAGAGGAGAGACUUGCAGUGAACUGUUCUUGUGCCAAGAAACCCUGGAUCCGGAGCCAUGGAUUUGUAGAGCCAAGCAUUCACCUGUGACCGGGAAGGGAUGGCUAACACCACUAGGGCCCUUGCCCCUCAGGACUGCUCCCAGUUCUUUCUUCAGGGGCUGCCAAUCUUUCCAAAGAGCUGGUGGUGAACCUUCUGCUUCACUUCCAGGGGAGAACAAGGAGGCCUAGAGACCUCACAUCCCCUCCUCGAGGUGGCUGGCCAGAGCCUUCUCUCCCUAAAGUCCCUUGGCCUCAGUGUUUCUGCUCGUUUCUUUUAGCCAGACUCAUGCCCCCACCUCCCACCUGAGUUAUAUUGGGACACCCAGAAAACUCCUGGGAGAAGGAAGUUUUGUCAUUCCUUCCCCAUUUCCCAGGAAGAGCAAGAAGUCCAGUGUCCCCAAGCUGAGAGGAGGAGACUCGUGGCUGCCUGACUCUUCUGCAGAGCCCUGCUCUUCCCAGCCACAGGCCACCUGUGCAAGUCACAGACAUUGGCUCACAAAUUGUAAAACUAUGUUCACCCAGGAUUAGGGUUUAAAUAAUAGCCUCUUGUCCUUGCUGCAGCCCACCACGAGACAAAUCUCAGGAUGUAGGUUAAGCAAGGAACACCCACACACGGCUCCAGUCUCCAGGGCCUCUGCCAGCUCUGUCAGUCAAAUUGGUGAGCUUCUGAGUCUUGCCUCCUAGUGAUUCUGCAGUACCAAGCAGCAUCUAUCAGGAAUCGGGUUGGAGAAGAAAGAACCCAAGCAGCAGAGAAUGAUACCGGAGUCUUUUGUUCAUUCAAAUCUUGGAUUUUUCCCUCCAUAGGAGAUUCUUUUUGGGGGGAGUGAGGAAAUGGACUCCACAGAGGGUUCAAACAUUGUCAAUUUUUCUGACUUUUUAAAUCAUCGUCAUUAUUUUUAAUUUAAAAAAUGCCUGUAUGCCUUUUUUGGUCCAAUUGUAAAUAAAAGUGCCAUUGUGCUGGUA